AUGACACAGAGCAUUCCGCACGCGCCUCUGCCUCUGCCUGUUCUCGAGCGCAUUGAACAUGUCGCCAGCCAUCGUUUCGCCGCUCCUUCGAAGAAGAUCAACGAUGGGGACGAUCUGGCUUCUUUCUUCACGUCAACAGCAUACACACAUCUGACCACAUGGCUAUUUCAACUCACCAAAGCCAUGUUCCCAGAGAGGCAGCCAGGAGCUGCUGCGAAGGCUUGCACACUGAAUGUGCCGCCGCACAUGUCCUCGCAGAUUAUCGAGGUGAGAGCUCUGCUGCAGAGCCUUUCAACUCUGAUAGAUCAAGCACCACCCGACACAGGCCCCCGCAGAUUCGGCAACGUAGCUUUUCGAAAGUGGUAUCAGCUCGCCGAGCGGAAUGCGCCCUCUCUGCUCGAUGACCUCUUGAAGAAUGUUCUGCCGACUUCUUUCGGCGCCGAAGAGGCACUGCGAGACGAGCUGAAAGCAUAUCUUUUGGGAAGCUUCGGCAGUGCCCAGAGAUUAGACUACGGCACUGGCCACGAGCUCAGUUUCCUUGCAUUCUUAGGCUGUCUCUGGAAACUCGGCAUCUUUCACCAUGGUGACGAACAGGCAAUUGUUGUAGGCCUUGUGCAACCCUACUUGGAACUCGUUCGCAGACUGAUAGCAACAUACACUCUUGAGCCAGCAGGCUCUCAUGGUGUAUGGGGUCUAGACGAUCAUAGUUUCUUGCCGUACAUCUUUGGCUCUGCCCAACUCGGACCAGCAAUAUCGACGGGGGAUGAUUCUGCGCCAAUUCCGACGGAAGGCUCCCUACCUACAGCACCCUCCCCCUCCGCAGUCACCAACAAGGCUCUCGUUGCAGACUUCAAAAACAGCAACAUGUACUUCUCCGCCAUUCAAUUCAUCUACGACGUCAAGAAGGGCCCCUUCUGGGAACAUUCGCCAGUCCUGUAUGAUAUCAGCGGGAUCAAGGACGGCUGGGGAAAGAUCAACAAAGGUAUGCUCAAGAUGUAUGUGGCCGAAGUGCUUGGCAAGUUUCCUGUCGUCCAGCACUUCCCGUUCGGCAGUCUUUUCCGCUGGGAGAAGGACCCCGAAGCACCUGCCGCACCACCUAGCACGCACGCGAAACAGCAGCCUGUGGCAUUACAGAGUAAAGACGUGCCUCCUGUAGUCGGAGCUGGCACCGCUGCGCCGUGGGCCAAACCAGGCAGUGCUGGCUUGCCUCAGAUGCACGGUAGCACCGGUAUGCCUUCGAUGAGAGCUCCAUGGGCCACAGGCAAUGCAACUAGUGACCGGACACAGAGGCAUCCAAAGUUCUAAUAUUGUCAGAUGAAGUGCCACGACGUGGUAAUGACUCGGUGCUGAUGAUGAAAUCAGCAAUGAUGGCGUGGGCAAGACUGGCUGUUGUGCUGCACCGCUCGUGGUAGGAUGCAUGAAGCAGAAGCGGGACUGGAUGUCUUUGUGAGGUGACCGCACUUGGUAGUGAGGAUGAAGCACCGCUGCGAGCGAGCGACUUCACAUUUGUGUGUGAUGAGCGAGAGGACUUUGGCGUGUGCGGAACGAACUUUGACAGAAAGCAUGGCCUAGUCAUCCAGAGAGAGCUGCCGGAUGUGACGAUCCGAAGCCCAAGCUCUCGAAGCUAUAUUAAGCAGCUCAUGCAUCAACGUGGCUGGGAGAGCGCAGCGC